AUGUCUAGCCGUCUGGUAAUCUCAACUCCCGAACCCACUCCUAAAGACAUCACCCAAUCUGUCAUGUAUUUUUGGGAAAGUCCAGAGCGCGGACAGAACCAUGAGAAAGUAGAUGUGGAACCUGUCAUCUACAAGAAGAUGCGCGUGUAA